AUGCGAGUUUUUCUCCUUUUCUUAGCUUUCAUUGCUGCUGGGGCUGCUGGGCCCCUUCCAGCGUCGACUGGACUAACCCAUUACCACCAACAUGGCAAUCGCUAUCUUUUGAGACGGGAUGACAAGAACUCCGAUUCUUCACAUAAGACAGAUAGCACAGAGGACCAUACGAGCACACAUAAUGCUAAAGAUACGGAAAGCACUAAGAGUGAAGAAAAGGACGAAAGCACAGAAACAUCUGAUAGUGCCAAAAGUACUGACGAUGCUAAAAGCACCAGUAAGAGCUCUGAUAAGCCGAAAUCAUCAAAUAUGCCCACUAGUUCUAGCGAGAGCUCGCAGAAAUCCACGAAGGAUUCGAGCCAAUUAUCCUCAGUCACUGAGAUGCCAUCCGUUAACACUGAAAUGCCAUCGAUUUCAACGACGUCGUCAUCAACAUCCUACUCUUAUGCCGUGACAGUGCCGCCACUGUCUGAUCAUAACAAGAACCCAUACAUUCAAUAUUCUCGUGCCCCGAACAACGUUGUUUUUAUUGUGGUAGGUGCAAUUCUUGGUGCCUUAAUACUCGCGUUUGUCGCAGCUCGUACGACUAUGUGGUGCUUGAGUAGAAGAAAAGCUCAAGUUGAUAAGGAAGUAUACUUCCUGAAUGGAUCACACAUAUUUUCUUGGGGCGGCAGUGGCGCUUCUUUUCCAAAUUCGUCACAAUCAUCUCUUAUGGAAAAAAGCCUGUUUUCGUCUCACAUGCUUCUGAAGUACCCAAGUUCAAAUACGCUUAAUUGGGACACUUCCACCCAAGGUCGCCUGUACCGCGAGAUGCUGACGCCUCUUGAUAGAAGAGGAUCUAUGACUAUAAGCCCAGUUCUUGAGAUGAUGCAAGGACUGCGAUCCCAAGUUGAUCUCACUUUACUUCAUCCUAGCUUGGAUUCUGCUGCAUACCAUAAUGAGCUGCCUCCGGCCUCAUUUCCCGAAUCGGGACUGAGCAAUAAAAGUAAACGGCUCGAGAGGCCACCGUCCCAGGUAUUGGAUGAUUUGCUUUCAGGAAUAGAUUUGAGUAAGGAUCCAGGCAAUUUAUAG